GCACUGUACGCGCACAUGUGUCAAUCAUUAAUUUUUUAAGUACAGGUGUAUAAAUGUACUCUGGAGUGGUACAGGUACAUUACUGCUUGCUGAAGACCUCUUUUUGCUCCUAAGAGAAGGUUAGUCAUGUCUGGAUUCGUUCCACUUGGUGCUAGACAAGAAGAUGAAGAAUCUCAAGAGGCACAGCCUACAAGAGCCAAGGUUGUUGGCUUGCUGAACGAAGCGCAGCUUUCUGGGAUGGCUUUAAACUGUUUGCAUAAGGUGAAAGAACUGAUACUAAAAAAAGACCCCAGCUUACUCGACAGUUUUCUGGAGGAGGUAAUAGCUUUCCAGGGAGAUCAGUCGGCGGAUGUGAGGAAAUUUGUGGUGGCUUUCAUGGAGGAUGCAUGCAAAGCUGACUCUGGAAUGCUGGUGAGAGUAAUUCCUAUGCUCUCAUACAUGAUGGACGAUAACUCGGUGAAUGUCAUCAAAAGACUCCUUGUGUGCAUUGUGCAGCUCUACAAGAUAGCCCUAAUUCAUGUCUCUAAACUACGUGCUAUUGAAGAUGAGGUUCAAGACAUGUGGGAGUCUCUCCAAGAGCUCAAGUUAAGAGUAUGCGAUUUAUCAGAGUCUGAAAAUGAUGGUGUUCGGACUAUGGCUAUCAAGUUCAUGGAGGUGCUUAUCCUCUGCCAGACAAAGAAAGAUCCGCAUUCUGAACAGCCUACUAGAUCACAAGAGCUGGAUGUGUCUCUUGACAUUGUGUCCAUGGACCACCCCCUGUUGAAUCUGGCUGAGCUGCGUGAGGAGGCUGGUACCACUGUUGGCACUCUUCUCUCACUAGUCUCCUCGCCUUCCAUAUCAAGUGUGAACCUGAUGACUGCUGUUGGGUGUCUCGCAAAUAUUGCCAAACAACGGUCCAAGUACAUAAAUACUGUGCUGCAGUCCUUCGAACAUUUGCAUGCCAACCUUCCUCCUCAUUUUGCUACCUCUCAAAUCACCAGUGUGAGAAAACAGUUGAAGACCCAGUUGUUAAGCUUGUUAAAGUUACAGUCUUCAUUUGAGUGUAGGGGUCAACUAACAACCCUUCUAACCGAUCUAGGCUGUACUCAAGCUGAGAUAACAAAAAUCGCUCCCAAAAUGUCAUCUGAAAGACUGAAACGAGCCAGAGCGUCGUCAGUAAAAACGGUAGAUGAUGUUCCUAGUGCCAAGAGACAGAGACUGUCCACAAGGGGUCAGGAACGUGGUGGUGUGGAACCUCUUAGUAUCAGCCCGGCGGCACCUGACAAGGGGACUGCUCUCAUGGAGGCCAUUGACAUGACAGCAGCAGACCUGAGGCCAUUGCUCUCCCCUGAGGCAGUUACCGAGCUAGUGAUGACCAACAUGAAGUCUCUCCCCUUUAGACUGCCCAAGUCAUUUCUUAGCUCUUUCACACCCAUUGCUGCAGCAGGAACUAAUGCUCAGGUGACCCACCUAGCCAGAUUGCUGGCAUCUCAAAUGACCUCUGCUGGUUUAGGAAUAGGUGCUGAGGCCAAAGGCAUUAAACCACAACAGAGACAGCAUUCUCGGAGUCCUUCUCCGCUCCGUAGUUCUGGACCACGAGACCCUCGUAAGCACCGUGGAGAGGAGGGGGAGGGACAGAGAAAACGUAGGAAAACACGGGAAAGUGUUGAAGGAGACAAGUCUGUGGACGAAGACAAAAAACCUGAUUUCGAGACCAGCAUGGCAGAGCUGAAGUACCUUGGCAACCUACUGGGCAUGCCGAAUGUGACGGACCCCAUGUUUCCACUGGCAUACACUGCAUUCUUUGGUAUGGAUGCAAACAGACCAUUAGGACUCGAUCCAUUAUCAAAUUUGGUGACAAUUCCUUCUAAGCCAAAAGCGGAAGUUGUUGCAAAGCAGCCUGUGAAAAAAGAGAAGAGAAAGUCAACAACAGUAGCCCCUCAGAAACUGAAACGGAUUCGAAUGUUUGACCUGUCAACUGUAGUAAAGCCUCUCUCACUCAGUCUAAACAAAGAAAUGUCUAUUGCAACGUUCAAAAGGAUCCUAGAGGCUGAAAAUGUUCCUACCCAUGGUGCUGCAAGUCAGGCUCGAAUAAAGUUAAUCAUCAGCUUAGUCAGUCAGUUUGGUCAAGAGUUCAACACAACCCUGUUGGAGUUUAUUCUGGAUGAUCUACGCACCAACAUGGACCUGGCUAUAGCCUGGCUUUUCACAGAGUACAGCAUAUCUGAGGGAUACGUAAGUAGUGCUCAGAACAACUUCCAGUAUGAUGUGUGUUUCACUGGACUGCUGCUGGGAGCUAAGGAAAAGCUAGGUCCAAAAGACAGGCUGUUCACAAGAUUGGUGUUGGAGGCACCUAAAAUUACAAAAAAUGCUCUUGAUAUCAUCAAGUCGUACUGCAGGGAUGAGGAACGAGCAUUCCUAGGUGUGUCCACACUGAAGGAGUUGGUAAUGAAACGCCCUCAGGGGCCAGGGGGCGCUAAUGACUUCUUAGAGGCUCUGUUGGAGGUCACAAACAGUGAUAUUGAACUUGUAAGGGCUCAAACUCUACACUUUGUGAAGAAGUUGUACUCCAAGCCAGAGCUUUCCAUGAAGAUUGAGAGGUAUGCCCUUCACCAGCUUCAGUUUCUACUCAGUGACCACCCCACUUUUUUAGAGGAGAACAACUUGGAUGACAUUGGCUACGCUGCAACUGACUGGAGUGAGGACACUGUGAGGAUAUGCAUGAAUCUGUUUCUGUCUUUGUUGCCUCUCAAUCACAAGCUACUCAAAGAUUUGGCAAUUGUGUACACCAGUACUACAGCCACAGUGAAAAAGAUUAUCCAUAGCCACCUUGACCAGCCGUUGUCUCUGAUUGGUAUGGACUCACCUGAGCUUUUGCAGCUGGUGGAGAAAUGCCCCCCUGGUGGAGAGACCCUUAUUAUGAGGAUGCUUCACAUACUCACAGACUGUUCUCCUCCAUCCGCUGAACUGGUGCAGAGAGUGAGGGAGCUGUACCAAAGAAAUUCUUCAGAUGUUCGUUUCCUCAUACCUGUACUGCAUGGUCUAAAGAAGCAAGAGGUGAUAGCUGCCCUUCCAAAAUUUAUCAAGUUGAGUCCGGGUUUAGUGAAAAACAUCUUUGAGCGUCUCUUGGUUUCUUUCAAAGGAGACCAGGGUCACAGCAUUAGUCCUAUCUCACCCUCUGAGUUACUUAUUGCUCUACACAACAUUGAUUGCUCGAGUGACGACACUUUAAUGAAGGCUACUGUAAAAGCUACAAAUUUCUGCUUUCAAGAAAAGUCAGUGUACACACAGGAGGUGUUAGCAGUUGUCCUUCAGCAGUUGUUGGAACAAACUCCCAUACCCACUCUCUUCAUGAGAACAGUGCUGCAGAGUUUAGGGAUAUGUCCCAAAUUGAUCAACUUUGUCAUAACUAUUUUAGCGAAGCUCAUCAGCAAACAGGUAUGGAAGCAGCCUAAGGUGUGGCAAGGAUUUGUCAAAUGUUGUGAGGUCACCAAACCUCUCUCAUUUCAAGUAAUGCUUCAGCUCCCACAACACCAGCUGGAGAAUGUGCUUGAGAUGAGUCCUGGUUUAAGAGAUCCAAUGGUAUCAUAUGUGCAAAAUCUAACGCCACACCAGCGAGCUGUUAUACCAAAGACACUACUAGUUAUCGUUGAACAAGCAUGUACUGAGGAAGACGUAGGAAAAAUAUCUGCCAAAAAGAGCAAGGUAAGAAGAGAAUCAACUACAAAACAGAAACAACCUGUGAAAGAAAUUAACACUGAUCAAAACCUGGACGAAUCCAGUACAUCUGUCUAAGUGGGACUAUUAAUGAUUCAUGAAGUACAUUUUUUUGAUAAUUCUAUUUGCUUCCUUGGGAAUGAUUAUUUUGUUCUUAACUAAUUGUUAAUCCAUGCCAUAA